UCUAACGUCAUUUGACGUUAGUGAAGGUCCUCUGUCAAGUGGUUCAUUUUCAAGAAGUAAUUUAAUUAACUAUUGGCAAUUUUUGAUAAAAAAUUCCAGGAUAGAACUACAGUUAGUAAUACAUAUUUAGUGCGACUUCUACACAAUAUUAUUUCCCGUUUUUAUAAUUUAGAAUGCAAUGCUCCCUCGUCGUCGUAACGUCGGUGUUUCGGAAAGGUCGUCCAGACCACAGGACGAAAUAAUUCCCUAUAAUAAGUUGAAUAAAAACGGAACUACUUUCCAAAACACCUCCUUUCGGAACACGGAUGAUCAAUAUCAACCCGGUUUCGUUGAAACUGAAGUGACAUUUGAUUUUCUGGAAGAGAUCGUUUUUGAACCAGUGAUGGCUGCUCGAGACAGGACACAGGAGUUUGUAUCUACCGUAAGGAGUCUUCAAGGGCGUACGUUAGCUAGACCAGUUGUUAAAGAUGAUAGAAAAGCUGCAGUGCUUGCAACAUACUCGCAAUUUAUGAGUCUGGCGAAAGUAAUAAGUAAAAAUAUUACUAGUACAUAUACUAAGCUAGAAAAAUUGGCUUUGUUGGCAAAGAAGAAAUCAUUGUUUGAUGAUAGACCUAUGGAGAUACACGAGUUAACAUACAUAAUCAAGGGUGAUUUAAAUUCAUUGAACCAGCAGAUUGCCAAGUUAGGGGAAAUGCCAAGAGGUCGCAAAAGUAUGCACAGUCAUUCCUCAAGUGUUGUGCUUGCCCUGCAGUCUAGGCUUGCUUCUAUGAGUAAUCAGUUUAAACAGGUACUGGAAGUGAGAUCAGAAAAUCUUAAACACCAGAAUAACAGAAGGGAGCAGUUCUCAAGUACUGCACCAAUUGUAAAAGAAGUACCAUCAAUUUUACAACCUGAAGAAGUAAGUAUAGACUUGGGCGAAGUUUCCAGCUUACAAACACAACAGAUGGCAUUGAGGGAUGACUCGGACACUUAUGUGCAACAAAGGGCUGAAACAAUGCAUAAUAUUGAAAGCACCAUUGUUGAACUGGGGGGUAUAUUCCAACAAUUGGCACAUAUGGUGAAAGAGCAAGACGAGGCUAUUGGUAGGAUUGACGCCAAUAUACAGGAAGCUGAAAUGAAUGUAGAAGCUGGUCACAGAGAAAUAAUGAAAUACUUUCAGAAUAUAACAGGCAACAGAGCACUGAUGUUUAAAGUGUUUGGAGUGUUGAUUUUCUUUUUUAUAUUCUUUGUUGUAUUUAUGGCUUAACAGAAAUGGCUUUAUUCAAAAUUAAAAACCCUAUAAACAAAGACAGGUUACCAUCAGCCAUUUGUCCUAUUAUCAUUGCAAAGAAAUGAUUAAUCCUUUUAUGAAUAGUUUUACAUACUAAACUCUUUCAUUGUUUAUAUUUUAAGCAAUUCUUUCUUUAUAAUUUAAACAUUCAUUAACAGCCAUCUUAAAAAUCUGUAACAUGUUUCUUCAAGCUAUAGAUUUAAUUAAUUAAAAGUGAUCCAGAAUUGUAGAGAUUAUAAAAGCAAGCAUUUUGACUAAGUUUGUGAUACAGAGGUCAAACUUUCCAAGUUGCAUACUAAAUAUGUAUCAAAAUAAUCUGUAGGGACACAGUAGGAUACAUUCUACAAAACACUAUUAAAAAUUUAUUCAUUGACUGUUAUGACUUAGAGAAGUUUGAAAUUUCAAGAAAUUAUGGUAUAAUCUUGGGAGCAACAUGGAAAUUUCAAGGAAAUAUGGAAAUCUUGGGGCAUAAAGGGAAGGGUACAAUUUUUUUUUUCAAGUUAUAGUUUUUUGACUUAACAAUAGAGGUUCUACUGUAAGAAUGUCUGAGAGGUGUGUACUCUGUACAUUCCAAGAUAAAGUUUUCAAUUAAGUAUCACAAAUAUGAAAGAAAUACUGAGAAUUUUGAACUUAUCAAUUUGUUAUUUUCAAAAUGGAACAUAAAUGUUGAAGUAUUAUGUGUUCAUCAUUUUAUAUUUCUACAUUGUGUGCCUACCCUAGUUAAAAGCAUUAUGCACUCCAUUGGUCAUGAUCUCAGCAAAAAAUAUAGCACUACAUUAAUUAAUUUAAUUGUCUAAAGGACCCAGAAGAAGAAUCAAUCACAAUUGAAAUUUUGUUUAUAAACAAUAUGAUAUUAUUUAUAUUUAUCUUAUAUUUCAAUAUUAUAAUUUCUUAAAAUGUGUAAAUAUUGUUAAAAAUUGGGAGUUUAUAAUGUAAUAAUGUGGAAGUAUAUAUUAUUAGAGAACUAAUAUGUAAAGUGUAAAAAUAUAAGUUUACUAAUAAAUAAG